AUGGACUCCAUUUUACACGAAUUGGUCCCUCGCUCUGAGGGCGAUGGUCAUGCCCGUGGCCAGCGAGCAAUGGUGGUGACAGCGGUUCUCACCGGACUGGCUGCGCUGAUUGUGGCCUUGCGGUGUUAUGCACGAUUCGGGUUGAUGAAAAUCACCGGUCGUGAAGACUGGGCUAUUCUGGGCGCUUUGGUACUAUCAUUCGCUUAUUGCGGACUCGUCGGUGGUCAGCUGCACUACGGAAUGGGAACCCGUGAGAAAUAUCUCCCAACACACGUUGUACAUCAACAAUUAAAGUGCCUAUGGGCCGCUAUCCCAUUGUACAACGCCAGUCUCGGAUUCACAAAAUUCUCCAUUCUUUUCCAAUAUCUCCGCAUCUUCCCUGCCCGCUGGUUUCGCACCUCCUGCUAUGUCAUAAUGGCAAUCGUCGCCACAUACUCAACCUGGGCCGUCGUCAGCGGCUACGUGAACUGUGUGCCAGUGGCCAAAUUCUGGGACCCCAACUUACCCGGCCACUGCCUCAGCUUCGACGCCGUCUGGUUCUUCAAUGCGUCCAUGAACAUCGCAACAGAUGUGACUCUCCUUCUACUUCCGAUGCCACUCCUUUCCGCACUCCAGCUCCCACGCAUGCAGAAGAUUGCGCUCAUGGGCGUCUUUGCUAUUGGUAUCCUUGUCGUUAUCACAAGCAUUCUCCGUCUUUCCAGUCUUCGAACCGUCGCUAGCAGCACAGAUACAUCCUACAGCAAUGUCGGAGCAGCCUACUGGACCGCAGCCGAAUGCAACGUCGCCAUCAUUUGCGCCUGUCUACCCUUCCUCCGUCCCAUCGUCAGCGCACUCUUCCCUAAGCUUCUUUCGACGAACAGCUACAAUCGCUACACGGGCAAUGACCCCAUUACUCCCAUCGCCAACCGAUUUACUGGCCACCGUUCAGCACGGCAGCAGAGCCAGUUGUUCAGCCAGAACGAAGAUCGUGAUUAUGAUGUUUAUUCGAUCAAUGUCAAGCCCGGUGAUCGUGACCGGUCGAGUCGGAGCUCCCUUGGUGGUAUUGAAGUUACCACCGAGAUGACAGUCAUGCAGGAGACCACCAAGCAAGAUGAGAACAUCAGCGAGCGAAGACUCGUUAUGGACUCGUAA